UCAAAAAGUUUCUUUUUUAAAAUGAAUAAAGCUGGACAUGGACUACAGUAUCAGGUCUUUAUGGCUCUCAAAAGAACUUUUUCAGUGAAAAAAGCAUUACCAGUAUUAACUCUUUUCACCAAGAAUCCAUGUCAACUUUGCAAUGAAGCAAAAGAAGUUCUUGAACCAUAUAAACACAGGUUUGUUUUGCAAGAAGUAGAUAUUAUGCUGCCUGAUAAUUCAGUUUGGCUUCAGAGAUACAAAUACAAUAUACCUGUCUUUCAUCUCAAUGGACAGUUUCUGAUGAUGCACAGAGUGCAAACGGACAUUCUAGAGAAUAAGCUUGCCCAACUGGAGGAAAUGAGAGAAGCAAAAUAACCUUAAAUCUCUGUGAAAGUCUGUGUGUGUGUGCGUGUGUGUGUGUGUGUGUGUGCAUGCACACUUCAGUGAAAUUGCACGUCAUCCGGUAUUGGUUGCUGCCUUAUGCAUAAAGCUCCCUAAGUAGUCAAUAUCCAGUUUUAUCAAACAAAAAUACAGUAACACGUAUGGAUACAUGUUGACUAGAUACAGACAUUUUUAUGAUUAUUUUCAUCAGAACAGGUGGAUGAAUUUGUGUCAUAGAUAUGGAUAUCAAGGAAAUGUUUCUCAUCUAUGACAUUUUUAAGCAGUAUUUUCUAAUUACCUGGAAAUUACUCUUUAUUAGCAUUGAUAAGAGCUAUUAAGAGAAUAAGGCAAAAUGUUACUACAUUUUAACAAUUAUAUAAUUGCUUCUUAUUUUUGUCUGUGCCUGCUCCUUUAACUUUAGACCUUAUACAUGUACUGCACCUUUUAAUUUUGGGGAAAAAACAUACCAUGUUUCAUACCAUGAAACAGUUAGGAUUUGUUCUUAUUUAAAGGCUUACAGAAUGCACAAGAGAGACAAUUAACAGACUGAAACCACAUAACCUCAGUCAAAUCAACUCCACGACAAAAUUAUUUUAAUUAUCUCUCUCACAGUAUUAAAAUAAUUGUUCUUGUCUAGACAGCACAGUAUAUUUGAAAUUGUUCCUUUGUUUUCAUGCAAUAAAUGCUAUUAUUUAAGCUUGUCUUUAAUUCAUCCAUCCAUCCAUUUUCCAACCCGCUGAAUCCUAACACAGGGUCACGGGGGUCUGCUGGAGCCAAUCCCAGCCAACACAGGGCACAAGGCAGGAACCAAUCCCGGGCAGGGUGCCAAUCCACCGCAGUGUCUUUAAUUUGUGUAAGAAAAUGUUAAAAAAUAUAAGUUAAUUUGUGGAAGAAUUAUCAAUUAAAAAUGUGUAAAGAGGUUAGAUUGCUUAAUAUGAUACAGUAUAUGGUGAAAUUCUAUUUAUUUAUAGUUUGUUUAAUGUAGGUGUAUUUGCCAUGUAAAAUGUCUGAAAUAAAACAUUUUACUUCUUUUUUUUUUUUUAUACACUUGUAAAAGUCACUUUUUUGGUUUGCCAGCAGAUGGCAGUUUGUAUUUUCUUCUUCUACCCAACUCAUAUUGAUUCCACCAACCAGACACUUUUUACGUGGUAGUUUAGUUUAAACAAAUAAAAAUGGAAACCUAAAACAAAAUCAAGACUGACUUUAAUAAGUUAUUCAUAAAUAACAGUUUCCUAUAUCAUUUAAAAAAUCUUUGUAUUUGUCAGGACCUUUGAGCAAAGCAAUCUCUGACCCAUUUUGAAUUAAAUCUCUAUGAAUGUAAAUAAAGAAGUACUUGAAUAUCUUAUUGUGAAUGUAUUUGGAUUACACGUUUUAAGUUCACUUUAAGUAACUCACCAGUAAAGCUGCAUUAGCUUAAUUUGGAGUUACAGCUUUCACAGGAUUGAAGUUCUCCACAAGAGCCCAUGGAAAAAAUAGGAUUGUUCCAAAAGACAGCAGUAACAUCACAACAACUUGGAAUACCAGUUCUGGAAAUGUCCAUAUACUGUACAUACACCUGGAAUUUAUUAACCUGACCUAAAGAAAAAUAUCCCAUGAUGUAGUGAUGGCACUUAUCAAAAAUAAGGAGUGGAACAAAACUCACAGGAAGUGACGGUUUAAAGAGAGGGACUCUGGAGUAUAGAACCAUCAUGGAACAAGUGACAGGAUGACAAAUUCUUAUUAUAAAAUCUAAAUAAAAAUGUAAAUGAUAUAAAUAAGAGCAGGAUUUUUAUUGUUUUAAUAAGGAAUGCAUAUACUGUAAUGCAGAUGAAUGACCUACUUCAUAUGUAUAAUGUCAUAUGUACUCAAUAUGAGAUUCUUAUUUGCAUAUAUCCAGAAGAUAAGAAACAGUGGUAUAAUGAUGGCAACAACAGAAAAUGAGUAUAACAUGUAACAUUAAAUUCAUGAGUUAAUAUAUUAAAAACUCCCACCACACCACAACAGGUCUGUUCAUGCAGUUCAUGGUAUGGCCGUGCUAUUAAUAGCAGCUAUUGACUGGCCUUGUGGCAUGAGGGUAUGAAUUGUCCCAGAAUUUCAUGUUAAUGGUCCUGUACAAUUUGUCAGAACAGAGAAGGAAGAAAUGUGGCCGUGUGGGAUGGUGAGAUCUUUAAUGAUAUAUUUUAGAUGUUGUAAGUUACCAUGUAGCAUACUGUAUAUCCUGAUUUAAAGAGAGCUAUUCAUGCUCAAUAAUGUUCUGAGCUGACUCUUA